CCUCGGCCCCGCCUCUACGCCAGGAGCAAGUUCCCUUUGGAAGGAAGGAAGGUGGUGUUUGUUGGGAGUGGAGCUGAUGAGGAGAGGGUGAACAGCUGGGUCGAUUCACUGCUUCUCGACCACAUUCAAAAUAACGUGCAGUUGUUUAUCAUGACUGAUAAAGCUAGGCGUUUUCUCCCCGUGAACUCCCGUCUGGUUGGAUGUGGACGCCAGGAAGGACUUCCCGUCAUGUUUUAACACCCGCUCGGAGCGUCAUUGGGGCAAAGUUUACAACUUCUGCGCCGCUUGGAGGAAAGCAUGUCGGAGGAGUGUUGCGCUGCGUAAAACCAGUCCGUCCUGCUUUUCGCGACGUUUCGACAGCUGAUUGAGUGACUUCCAGGUAAAGCGCUCCUUUGAAGUGUCCUCCAGCCUUUGGUCAACGAUGGCUGGUCUGAGCAAUGUCCACAUGAAGACUCUGGAGGACCUGACCCUGGAUUCGGGCUACGGAGCGGGGGACUCCUGUAAAUCCCUCAGCCUGUCCUCCUCCAAGUCAAACUCCCAGGCCUUCAUGACGACCCCUCACCGGGGAAACUGGUGGUACUACUCUGGCUCCAUGAACAGCAGGAACAACAGCUGGGACACCGUCAACACUGUCCUCCCCGAAGAUCCGGAGGACAUCUUCUCCAAGUGCCUCCGCUUACCUGAACUAGAGGAGUUCCCCUGGACAGACGAGGAUGUGGCCAGGAUACUUCGCAGAGUGGCUGAGAGUGGGAGCAUGAAGUGGGGGACUACACCUGCGUUUUCCUCUGACUCUGUGCGCCGUCUGUCCGCGCUCCUCCGCAAAGCUCUGAUCCGCAUCUCCAGAGAGGCGCAGCGCCUGAGCGUCAUGCACUGCCGCUGCACGCGUUUUGAGGUGCAGAGCGCCAUGCGGCUGGUGCUCAGCUGGGCUCUGGCUGACCACUGCGUGUCUGCCACCGUCAAGGCCAUCUCCACGUACUGUAUGAGUGCAGGCGAGCUGCUGAGGAAAGGCAAGUCCGCCCGUUGCGGCCUCACGUUCUCCGUGGGGCGCUUUUUCCGCUGGAUGGUGGACACUCGCAUCUCAGUGCGCAUCCACGAAUACGCAGCAAUAUGCAUGACUGCGUGCAUGGAAGCUCUGGUGGAGGAGAUUGGGAUCCGCACGCUCGUGGCCGAGAGGGGCCAGUCUGGGCCAGAGCCGGGGUCAGGUUGCGCCACGGUGAGCGCAGAGGCCCUGGAGGGUGUUGUGAACAAUGACGCAGAGCUGUGGGGAGUUCUGCAACACUAUGAGCACCUGAUCUGCGGGAAGAACGCCAAUGGCGUUUUGUCUCUCCCAGCCCAUUUCAGUCCCUACACAGAGAACCAGCAGACGUCUGUGGACAGCAGGGAGGACGCUUACGCCCAGCUGGAGCUGAGGACACUAGAACAGUCCCUGCUGGCUACCUGUGUCGGCAGCAUCUCAGAACUCAGUGACUUGGUGUCCCGCGCCAUGCACCACAUGCAGCGCCUGAGCUCUGCUCGUCCAGGAUUGAGUCCCGCCCGUCACGCCCGGCCCCAGCAGCCUGUGUCCUGGUCGCCUGACGCCCUCCACACCCUUUACUACUUCCUGCGCUGCCCACAAAUGGAGUCCAUGGAGAAUCCCAACUUAGAUCCUCCACGCAUGGCUCUAAGCAAAGAGAGGCCUUUCCUGUUGCUUCCACCUCUGAUGGAGUGGAUGAGAGUGGCCAUAGUUCACGCAGAGCACCGGAAGAGCCCGUUGGUGGACAGCGACGAUGUGAGACAGACCGCCAGGCUUCUCCUUCCAGGCCUCGACUGUGAACCAAGACAACUGAAGCCCGAGUGCUGCUUCAGCUCUUUUAAGCGUCUAGACUCAAAAGCUGCCAUUGAGAAGUUCAAUCUAGAUUUGGGUUUCCGGAUGCUCAACUGUGGACGCACAGACCUGAUUGGUCAGGCCAUUGAUCUGCUCGGAGCAGAUGGGGUCAACAGCAUGGAUGACCAGGGUAUGACUCCCCUGAUGUAUGCCUGUGCAGCUGGAGAUGAGGCUCUUGUCCAGAUGUUGAUUGAUGCUGGGGCCAACCUUGAUGUGGCGGUUCCACCGUGUUCUCCAAAACACCCCUCAGUGCAUCCCGACAGUCGACACUGGACAGCGCUCACCUUUGCAGUUUUGCACGGACACAUCCCUGUGGUGCAGCUCCUGUUGGACGCAGGCGCAAAUGUGGAGGGGGCAGCAGUCCGCAACGGACAGGAGAGCACAGCAGAAACGCCGCUGCAGCUGGCAUCUGCAGCAGGCAACUACGAGAUGGUGAGUUUGCUCCUGGCUCGAGGCGCCGAUCCCUUAUCGAGGACCCAGGAUGGGAACACCCUUACUUCAUCUCUUUAUGACGCCAUGAACUGUUUCAGUCAUGCUGCUGCACAUGGGCACAGGAAUGUGCUGAGAAAGUUACUGACUCAGCCUCAGCAAGUGAAAGAGGAUGUCCUGUCUCUGGAGGAGAUCCUGGCUGAAGGGGUGGAAGAUGAAGUCUCUCCUUUCCUCCCUCUCUCCUUGUCUGCUCCCUCUAAUGGCACCACAUCUCCACAAGAGGUGGGCGUACCGAAGCUCUGCAAGACCAGGAUGAAAGCUUUACAAGAAGCGAGCUACUACAGUGCAGAACAUGGCUACCUGGAUGUCACCAUGGAGCUACGCGCUAUGGGUGUACCAUGGAAACUACAUGUAUGGCUGGAGUCUCUACGCUGUGCCCAGCAGCAGUCCAGGACAGGUGUCAUCCUAUCCCUCCUCAGAGAGUUCACCACAAUCCGAGAAGAGGACUACUGCAAUGAGCUCAUCACCACAGGCUUACCUCUUAUGUUCAGCAUUUUGCGGACAAAUAAGAAUGAUGCCAUUCUGCAGCAGCUGGCAGCUAUUUUUAGUUACUGUUUUGGCACAGCACCUCUCCCAGCCAUUCCGGAGAUGAAGGCAUCUCUUUCAGCUCAGUUGGACCCUCAUUUUUUAAAUAACCCGGAAAUGUCGGACGUGACAUUUCUAGUGGAGGGAAAACCGUUUUACGGACACAAAGUCCUGCUGAUCACCGCCUCUGACAAGUUUAAAUCCCUGCUAACAUCUUCUGGACCAAAUGGAAGUCCGAACAAACAGAUAGAGAUCCAUGACGUCAAAUACAGCAUUUUCCAGAUGAUGAUUUCAUACUUGUACUGCGGGGGGACAGAUUCACUGACGACCAACGUGCCUGACCUGUUAGAGCUGCUGUCAGCUGCUCAUGUGUUCCAACUGGGGGCGCUGCAGAGACACUGUGAGCUCACCUGCUCUCAGCAUAUAAACCUGGAUAGCGCAGUCAGCAUCUAUAGGACAGCUAAGGCCCACGGCUCAGCACAGCUGUGCUCCUUCUGUGAGGGUUUCUUUCUGCAGCACAUGCCUGCACUACUAGAGAGGGAGGCCUUCAGGACCCUGUUACUGGGACCUCCUGGAACUCGACAAGGGAACAGCUCGACCUCUUCUUUGGCUCACAACCGCAGUGACUCACCUCUAGAGGAGCUGGAGGCCACCCUGGCACAGCGUCUACACUCUUUGUACAUUUCAUCUCGAGUCUGAGAAGCUGCAGGAAGAAAACACAAAUAAAUGAUUUCAAAUCCCAACUCAGGAGUUCACGAGGAGCGAUUUAAAAUCUAAUGUAGACUUUACAGCAUCUGAUUACUCCUAACAUUUCAGUGUUUACUAGUGUGUGCCAAGCACUCCAUCAUGAGAGACGAUGUUUCUAAAGAAAGUUGCUCAAUGUGUUUUUUCCCCUCCGAGGUGCAGGAAGCUUAUGUGGAAAAGGGAACUGGAAAACUGCUGCCAUCUACUGGACAGAACAGACUUGACUGAAACUUUAAACAUCAAAAAGUACACUUGUUUAUUUUUAAAGUGUGAUUUAGACAAGAGUGCAGAAUGGGAUGGACAUUUUCUAUUUAACACAAAAAUGUGAGUAUUUAAUGGUGAGAUCCCCUUUUUAUUAUGUUUUAAUUUGUUCUUCGCCCAAGCAAACUACAUGUUAAUAAGCUUAUAUAUUCUGAGUUUUAAUGUAUCCAACUCAGCCACAGCAGCAGAUCCCAGCAUGGGAUUAGAACAAAAUGUUUGUUUUAGUUGUUAAAUAUGAAAUAAAAGAUGCAAAGUA